AUGAAAAACGAGGUGGAGUGGGCGAACUGUUCUGUGCUUUCGUCAGCUGCUGGAGGUAGAGUGGACGAACUGUUCAGUGCUUUCGUCAGCUGCUGGGCACUGGUCAGCUGCCAGGUGUGGACACAAGACCAGCUUGACAACUUCGCCCAGACUCUGCAGGUCAGAUGGAAGGUCAAGGACAAUAUAGAAUUCGACAACAAAUACUUCGCGGAAGUGACCUUGACAAACAACGGGUCAUACACUCUGAGUAAAACCGGCCAAUGGAAUAUAUACCUCGACUGCAUCCGAAUGAUAGAACCCGAUGUCUUACCCCGACCAGAAGGGGUUGUCCUAGAGGGUCAAGGGGUCAAGGUCACCCAUUUGCAAGGUUCCCAUUUUCGACUUGAACCAACGGACGAGUUCCUUGACCUUCCGCCUAAUACAAGCAGGAAAAUAAAGUUUUAUGUGCAGUACUGGGAAGUUGCUAAAACAAGCAUUAUGCCGAACUGGUACCUGAUGGCACCGGGGUUGUCACCCAAGGUGAUAGAAAGCACUGUUGGGGAAGAUUUAUCUUUCGUUGAUGACUUCAUAAAACCGCAGCAGGUGAAACGAUACGGGGCGGACAAAUAUGCCCCCUUCACCCCCCAGGAGAGAUACAGACGGAACCACCUGACCCAUCCCGCUGACAACGGAGAAGUGAGGGUCAUCCCCAAGCCCCUGAAUAUGACGGUGGUCAAGGACCAGAGCUUGACCAUCAAUAACGGCACAUGGAGGCUGUAUGCUCUGGACGGCUUAUCUAACGAAGCCGAAUACUUCAAACAGAUGUCAAAUAUUGACCUCGGUGGAGCAAACAUAGGAAAUGACGUCAUACGCAUGCGCAUUGGCAACGUUGAUGUUCCCGAGGGAGGGAUCCCGAACAGCCCCGACGCGUACAGACUGACAGUAGAUGUCGGCAACCGAGUGAUUGAAAUCACGGGACAAGGAGCCUCGGGGGUGAUGUACGGAGCUCAGACCUUGCUCAGCCUCAUGUCUCAGAGGGGAAAUAUGAUUUACAAGAUGGACAUCACUGACUCGCCGAGAUACGCAUACAGGGGCCUCCAUUUUGACGUUGGACGGAACUUCCAUCCUAAAUCGGAAGUGCUAAGGCUGCUGGGUAAUAUGGUCAUGUACAAACUGAACAAGCUCCACCUUCACCUGUCUGAAGACGAGGGCUGGAGAUUGCAGAUUCCAGGGCUGGAGGAACUCACCCAGAUAGGUUCCAGGAGGUGCUUCGAUCUCACAGAAAUGACGUGCCUAUAUCCACAACUUGGUUCCGGUCCGACAGAUUCCACUUCCGGUUCCGGGUUUUACACAACAGACGACUACAGGGAAAUUCUACGAGAAGCAAACAGACUGCACAUUCAAGUCAUACCGGAAUUUGACAUGCCGGGGCAUUCCCGCGCCGCUGUGAAAUCAAUGGAAGCGAGGUUUAAGAUUCUCCAAGGUCAAGGCCGGGAGGAGGAAGGCCGGAAGUACCUCUUGGUUGAAGAAGGAGACACCUCAAGAUACAUCACUGCACAGAUGUUUACGGACAACUCAAUAAAUCCCUGUCUUGAGUCUACCUACACGUUCAUGGACCAUGUGCUUCGAGAGAUUGUGGCAUUACAUCAAGACAUUCAACCUCUGACUAUCUAUCACUACGGAGGUGAUGAGGUUGGUAGAGGGGCGUGGGUCAACUCCACAGCCUGCAAGACCCUGCUUGGCUCGGACACAGUGUCCACUGGGCAGGUCAAGGAAUACUUCUUCACACGUUUGGCCAAUCUGACGGUUGCGAGAGGUCUAAAUUUGGCAGUAUGGGAAGAUGGUAUCGUGAAACAGAAAAAUGACAUUUUUGACAGGAACCUGGCUGAGAACGAAGACGUGUACAGCUACGCCUGGGACAACAUAUGGGAGAACCUGAACGGAGGGAGGGCGUACGAAAUGGCCAACAAGGGCUACAAGGUCGUAAUGGCUCACGCCUCCCACCUCUACUUCGACCAUCCUUACGAGCCCGACCCAGAGGAAAGAGGCUAUUACUGGGCAACAAGAUACACUGACGCUAAGAAAUCUUUCAGCUUUACUCCCGAAAACCUCUACUCCUUGAUUAAAGUGAGACGGUCUGGAGUAGCCCUGAAGAGGGAGGAAGCGUGUGGAGUGAAUGACGAGAGUUGUCCCCCUUUGAAGAGACCAGAAAAUAUUGCCGGGCUCCAAGCUUGUUUAUGGAGCGAAACUUCCAGAACACAAGAACAUGUUGACUCACGACUUUUCCCUCGACUGCUCUCAUUGGCUGAGCGAGCGUGGCACAAAGCACCAUGGGAAGACGAGAGUGGGACCGAGGCCGGUCUGGCCGCCAUGACAGAAGACUGGGAAUCCUUCGCGAAACUGAUUGGUCGUUACGAACUUCGGCGUCUAGAAACUAACGGAGUUAAAUACCGACUUCCCCCUCCGGGAGCUGUGGAAGAGAAUGGGUUUCUGAAGGUGACCACAACCUACCCGGGUCUGACUGCCCAGUACAGCAAGGACGGCGGGAAUACGUGGUUUAAAGCUAACACCAACGUCUUGGUAAAACCCUGGGACACUCUGCAUCUCCGGACUAGAUCCACCAACAAACAGUGGUUCAGCCGGGUUGUAAAGCUUCAAGGACGCGAACCUCUGGCGAUGGUAGACCAGUCUGUCAUUGACUACAUGGCAGAAAACAUCACCCUCGGUUACUCAGUCUUGGACAACUUCCAGGAUGGCACCAGAACGUAUCUUGCAGAAGUCACUCUGAAGAACACAGGUUCAGAAGACGUGGUCAAGGGCAACUGGGGCAUCCAUUACUGCGGCAUCUACAUGGUGCCAGAUGACCAGCCAGAACUGAAGCUGCAACACAUGACAAUGAAACAUGUUAAAGGAUGCCUGUUUAAGAUGGAACCAACAAUUGAUUUUAAGCCACUGAAGUCGAACGAGGUGCGGAAAGUUAAGUUCCGGAUUCAGAACUGGUCCGUGUCCAAGACGGACAUGAUGCCAAACUGGUAUAUGUGGGCGGAAGGACUCAAGGCUCGCACUAUCGCCAGUACCAAGGGACCUGGGCUAGAGUUCGUGGGGGACUUUACUACAGUCAACCAAUGGAAGCGGUAUGACACUCCUGGUCUGAAAGACAGGUACGAUCCCUACACCCCUGCUGUAAGGUAUGGAAUGGCUCAGGACAUCACUGAUCUGGGAUCAUCACCACACCCCGUUAUUCCUACACCAGUUACCAUGGUGAUGGAUGAAAACCUUGAAAUGAUGAUGUCAGCGAUCAAAACCAUCACCACUGACCCCCUGUUCCAAGGUGACGCCGAUUUCCUCAAAGACGAACUCUCCAAGGGAGGCUACUCUAACAUCAGUGUCAGCACAUCAGCGCCACCACAACGUGGCUACAUCCAGCUACUUCAGAGAGACCCACAAGUCAUCAUCAACGGAAAAAUUACCUCAUCCCAAGAAGCAUACUCUCUGACAGUCGAUCCGGUCAAUGAAGUCAUCCAGAUUUGGUCUAAUUCGCCUGAAGGAAUCUUCUAUGGUAUACAGACCCUGCUCAGCCUGGCUCUCAAGUACAGCUCUGACGGGAGGAUGUACAAGAGCACCAUUGAGGACGCUCCUCGGUUCUCAUACAGGGGGAUGCAUUUAGACGUGAGCAGGAACUUCCAUGGGAAGGAGUCGGUGAUGAAACUGCUGGACGCCAUGGCUAGGUACAAACUAAACAGGUUCCACUUUCACCUGACGGACGACGAAGGCUGGAGGGUGGAAAUUCCAGAACUGGAGGAGCUCACUCAGGUUGGAGGUAAAAGAUGCCAUGAUAUUGAUGAAGAGAAAUGCGUCAUCAGCCAACUCGGGUCAGGUCCAGAUGCUUCAACUUCCGGGUCAGGAUUCUACACAGUCGAGGACUACAAAGAUAUUCUGCGAUACGCUAAGGCUCGCCAUAUUGAAGUAAUACCGGAAAUAGACUGUCCCGGUCAUGCGCAUGCAGCUAUAUUCGCCAUGCAAGCUAGACGACAGCGCCUUCUUGACAUCGGUGACCUUGAUAACGCCGACACGUACAGACUGGUCGACGUUGAUGACCCAUCGGAUUAUCUCUCCAUUCAAAUGUUUAAGGACAACGCCAUCAACCCGUGUAUUGAUUCAACUUACAAUUUUAUUAAAUACAUAGUUGAUAUGUUUGUUGACUUUCACAAAAACAUCAGUCCCCUGAAAACCUUCCAUUUUGGAGGUGAUGAAGUUGCUAAAGGCGCUUGGAAGAACUCGCCAGCUUGUCAGGCGCUGUUGAGAGCUAAUGUCAGUCUAAAGGAACACUUCACAAGGAAGGUCGCCAAUAUCACGAGUCUCCAGAACUUGAAUCUCGGAGGAUGGGAAGAUGGUCUCAUGGAGUCCGUGUUCGAACCCUUCAAUAAGGAACUCCUGGCUAAUGAGGACGUCUUGGCGUAUGCAUGGGACAACGUGUGGGAGUGGGGUGUUUCAACCCGAGCAUACAGAAUGGCUAACGCUGGAUAUAAGGUGGUCCUGGCGCAUGCAACCCACCUGUACUUUGACCACCCGUAUGAACCGGACCCAGAAGAGAGAGGGUACUACUGGGCCACCCGUUUCGCCGACACCUGGAAGACGUUUGGGUACAUGCCUGACACCGUGUACGAGAACGUGGACGUCCGACGCAGCGGUGACCCCAUGACGAAGGAGGAACUGUGCGGCAAGGACGGUAGCCAGUGUACACCUCUUACAAAACCGGAAAACAUUGUUGGAAUGCAAGGCCACUUGUGGAGCGAGACGGUCCGAACACAGGACAACCUGUUUUACAUGAUCUUCCCCAGAAUACUUGCUCUAGCGGAAAGGGCGUGGCACAAGGCAGCAUGGGAAGAUAUAAUGGAUGGGGAGACGCGAAACAGUGAAAAGCGGAAGGACUGGAUAAAUUUUGCAAACUCGUUAGGAUACCAGGAGUUACCUGCCCUUGAUAAACUGAACAUCACAUACCGGGUGCCGCCCCCUGGUGCAAGGAAUAAUAAUGGUCGGUUAAGUCUAAAGUCGCCAUUACCUGGCCUCGCUUUGGAAACAAGCACCGACGGCGGAAACAGCUGGCAGACAGCUUCAGCGGAAAUAACGGCCAAGCAGGGAGAGACAGUCCUCGUGGCGCUCAAAUCGGCUGACGGGAAGAGACGCGGGCGGGCGGUUACUGUCAGGGUACCCGGUAGUAUUACAGUAACGGGAUCAGGCGCAGAGAGCAGGAGAAAAUGUACACUAUUAACACUGAUCGUGUAUAUGCUUCACUUGAUAUACAUAUAUAUUGAGUAAUAUAUCACAAAAUAAUGUGUUUAUUGUUUCGGGUGUGUAAAGUACGGAGACCAAACACUGAACUCACCUUACACAGCUUAACGUUUGGUAGGGGUACUUACUGAGAUAACCGUUAAGAUCCGACCUUAAAGAGGUCUUCAGGAACCUAAGCUUGUCGUUAGAGGCAACUCGGGUUUUCAGGCUAGUUAACUAAGUUGAUGCAUGUCAUCAAUUCCCAACUGCGUUGAUCGAGGCUCAUGAUGGCUGUCACUACAGAGAGAGUUUAGUUUUACGCC